AUGCACAGAGGGGAUAUAUUACCCCGAGAACGAAAUACAUAGCUAAAUAUAAGAAAGGAAAGCAUGCAAAUGAGAUUUUUUAGAUGUUAGGGAAGUUGUUAGAACCGGACAGAUGAGUUUACGAGCUUUGUGGAUUAUUAAUAAUGAGAAAGGAGAAAAUGCAUCAAUACGGUUUUCAAGGAGGUUCUGCACUGUGGAACACCGUGCUAAAAGCCUGGCAGGUUCCUCCUAUGUUGCAGUCCCAGAAGACAGCAGCUUCCUGCAGCUCCUGCUCACCGAGCUGGGUCUUUCAGGCUCUCACAAGUCCUACGUAGCUGCCAGAGAUGAUUGUCUGUACCGUCCACGAUCACCAGCUGUGGAGCUACGCUUGGACGGAAAGGGAACACUGUGGCCUGUGCUGGCUCUUUCUCAGGCGCCACUCAUCCUGGCUUGCCUGCCAUUAGUGGACAUCCCUUCAGAGCCGCGGCCUCCUCUGGCCAACCUGCUGUCAGUUUCGCAAGGUCUUACAUUUCUAGCCGGCCUCCAGACCUUUCUCCUUGGCUCAGCGGGAAAUCUUGAUAGUGAGGGGCUGGUCUCUCGUAUGGCAACGCUGCCAUCUCUCCUCUUGCAGGUCUGCCCUCUUGGCACACUCCUUGAUACCCCCCAAGCGGUAACGCCCACUGCACCCACGGUGCCCACCUCCGCUGGCGCCCAGAAGCAGCCGGCCUGGAAGACAGGCCUACAUCGCGGCCGAGCCACGGUGAAUGUUGCAGUGGUGGAAACGGUACGCUCAAUGCAGUACGGGAGCCCAACCAGACAGGACUUGUGGGAUGUUUAUGGGACUGUGACCUGCAAAUGUGAAGUGGAGGGGGUGCUACCAAACGUCACUGUGACCCUGUCACUGCCGCACAAUGGUUCUCCACUGCAGGACAUCCUGGUCCAUCCCUGCGUAACCUCACUGGAUUCCAGCAUCUUGACCGCCAGCAGUGUCGAUAAUGCCGAUGGCUCGGCUUUCUCCGGGCCCUACAAGUUUCCCUUCUCCCCUCCUCUGGAGCCAUUUAGACUUUGCAGCUACACCUCGCAGGUCCCUGUUCCCCCCAUCCUUGGCUCAUAUCAGCUGAAGGAAGAGGAGAAUAACCUUCGUUUGAGCGUGUCCCUCAAACUCCACGAGUCUGUGAAGAACAGUUUUGAGUACUGUGCAGCACACCUGCCAUUCUUCAACAGAAAUCAGAUGGGUGUUGUGGAUGUGAAGGUGAGCUCUGGACAACUAGACGUGUCAAAGGAAAAGAAUCUGCUGGUCUGGGUUCUGGGUCAAAAGUUUCCAAAGUCUCAUGAGGUCACGUUGGAUGGCAAAAUAACGUUUUCUGGGUCCUCCCAAGGGCCUUCGGACCCUCUCUGCACAGGACUUACAGCCUACAUUAAGCAGUUGUACUUAAAAGUGCCAGACACGACUCUGUCCGGGUGUUUUGUUGACCAGCAUUCAGUGCAAGUUUACUCAUCCGCCAAACCAAGGAUCAUCACAUCCCGAGAACUCCUGUCCAAAGAGUACUACAUCUGGAAUUCAACAGGUCCUGCUCCCGUAUCCUCGGGUCAGAUGAUGAUCUAGCAUGGAUCCAUGGCAGGGAGCUCUCAGAAAGGUGGACAGUGCGCUGCACGUUGAGGGGACUUAAACCCAGCUGUGACAGAUGGAUCUGGAUAGAACUGCAAGGGUUUAUUGAAGUUAUUCUGCACAGUGCCAGCAACAAGUCUACAAACACUCAUUACUGACCUGGAUGUCUUUAAUCUGGAGCUUUUCAUCUCUUCUUUUUUUACAGUGGAUUUUUGAUACCGCAAACAACUAAAAUGAACUUUAAAUUAGAUGUAGCUUUUCUUUAAUCCUAGCAGCUUCAAAAUUAUACCUUAGCAAGUUACAAAGAAUCCACAUAUUGUUGUAUCCACCAGUGAGCCUGUGGUAUAAUUCAUUAGAAACUGUAUAAUUCAUGCACUUCUAUUGGUUGGUUUCCUGGAAUGGACCUUGCUCUUAAGUAGGGGCAGUAAAUGUUUAGUAGGACUGAAGUCAGGGUGAUCCAGGAGCGGUUUUCGGCCCAGGAUCAUCUUUAAUGCACGUUUGUUUAUGAUUGGGGAACUUGUGUCCCAAGUUCCCCAUCUGACCCAAACCGUCAACCUCAGGUAAAAUAAAUUCGCCAAGAUGUUAGGAACCACCCACAAAAUCACAAAGGCUCAAGCCUAUAAUAAACUGGAAACUGUUUGAACACCAGUGUUUCUGUCCAGGGCAGAGAGACGAUAACUUAAAGGGUGCAGACCGAGAAAGAAAUGCCUACUCCAAAAUCGACAACUUAAAGUUUAAAUAAAAUUUGCAGCUGCCCAGAUGGACCAGCCAAACAGUUUCUGGAGAAGAUUCUUUCAGUAUGACAAUGAUUUGACACUUUGGUCACGCGGAGAGUGUUGUUUGGAGGAAAAGCUUUCUUACCUAAAAACAGUUGUCAAGCAUGGUUUCACUUUAAAUCAACAGCUAAAACUUUGCAACUUGGACACAGUGGGAUUUUCCAGCAGGAGAAUGAUCCCAAACAUGCAUCAGAACAGCUUCUGGAAACCAACCUAAAUUAGUUCUGCCAUUUCUGAUGAAGAGAGCGGCCAACUAGCAGGCCUGAAUUGUACCGGGACCUCGUUGAUGGCUACAAUAAGCACGUGCUUUCUGUCCAACUUGCUAGGGAACAUUUAGCUUACCGUACGCGUGUGCGGGUGUAUCUAUUCAUUUAAAUCUGUAUGUAUAAUUUUGAGUCUGUUUGGAUUGGAGGAAAGCCACAGCAAAUUCAAACCCAAUUUUUUUUUUUAAUUCAUUACAGUUAUUUGUUGCUUUUUUCAUCCCCUAUCCCUAAAACAAAAGGGUUUAUUUCAUCCUCAAAAUGUUAUUUACAACAAUAAGUGGAUGUAAGAUGUCUGAUGGAAAAAAUAUUGUAACAAAAAAAAAAAAAAAACCUGCCUUUUAAAAAUAUAACCACCCUUAUGGAGGUGGAGACUUCCUUAUUCUCCAUCUCCCACCCUUGACUUUCCAUUAAACUUGCAGACACAAGGGCCACCCCCGGCUCUGACAGUCCCACUUGAGUGACUCUCUAUCAGCCGUAUAAUUAGCAGCUGGGGCCUUGUCAUCAGCUGCUGCAGGCCUGGAAGAGAGGCCGGCUGCACUGUGAAAGCCCAAGCUGCCCUGGCCAGUGUCUAGGCUUCAAAAGGCUGCUCUGCGGAGCUGGCAGGACUCCCCACCCACACCAAUCACUGCCCCACCCCCGCCUCCUUUGACCCCCCCCUCAUCCUCGGCCUGUCAACUACUCGUUCAAACACACAACCUCUCCAAGCACGCUGAUUGAGCGCUGACCCUUUGGCCCUCCGAGACUUAAAAGCAGCCGGUCUCUUUCAGUGAGCAGGACCGGCCUAAUUGGUGAGAAAGUCACAAGGAUGGUAGUAGUUGAGGUUAGAGAGGUGCUAUUUGAUGCACAACUUUAAGCAUGUGACUUGACCUUUUGUUUAUUUAACACAAGUCAUUGAACAAACCUUGGAUUUUAUUUUGUUGGGUUAGAAAAACUCUAAAUGUUACUGCCAUGUUUCCAGGAACAUGCAAGUUACUGUAUUUCUACUACAGAGGUUAUAACUCUGUAUUUAAAAAAAAAACAGGCUAUGAAGAGUUAAAUUCCCCACAUUUCCAGAGCAGCCAGACUCCUCUGAGUGGCCUCAUUGUGUGCUGUUGGCCUCUUGUGCCCCUUGCUGGCCCAAAUACUCCAUUCUCACGUGGAUUUCCACUCAGAAGGCUGACCAUGACCAAUCUUCUGUCAAUUGGAACCAAUUGCUCACACGGCAUCCUUCACCUUCUUUUUAUGUAGCGGUACAGAGUGGCAGACACCAAGACCUCAUGUCUCUUCCCCCUCCACGACAAUUUGGCUUUAAGGUCCAGUGUGUGUGGUUAGCGAAGUGGAAAAGGAGAAGGUCUUUUUUUUUUUUCUCUUUCUUUUUUUUGUUAAGAGUUGGGCCACUUUAAAUCUCCUCAGCGUCGCAAUAUGUGGUCCGUCUGGCUCCUUGAGUCUACAUGCAGCGGCCUCUUGCUGACAGACUUUGCUUUGUUGAUUUGAGAGCGUGCUGAGUAGAUUUCUUUAAUGUGGUGCUCAGUCCUCGGUGCCUUUUGGUCCAACAGGACCUUUGGGCUGUUAAUUGCAAUGUCUCUCAUAGUCUUUUGUUUGAGUUUUUGAAAAGAUAUCCAAAUAUUUUCACAACUUCGGCCCCAGUCAAAGUGAGUUAGGUCAACAUAAAAACGGGAAAGCAAGGUUGGAUCGGGGUGGUUAAAGGUAUUAAAACAUCAUACAUGUCACGCUCAAAUAUUUUUGUCAAAAUAUGUGUUACACUGCAACCAUUAAACACUGAGAUGUUUUUUUUUAUGUUUUUGUGAUGUAUCUAAUGAAUAAAUUCCUUAUGUUC